AUGUCCGAAUCACCACGGAAAAUCAGCUCCAAACGCGACCGCCCUAAAGUACCUUUAGAUCAACGCAAACGCAUUGUCAAAGCCUGCACCCAAUGCCGCCUACGUAAGCGUCGAUGCACACUGCAGUCGCCCGAGGGAUGCUGGAAUUGCAGGAAAAGCAGUGUGACUUGCAUUUUUGAGACGAGGGAGGACAGCCCAGCCGAAUCACCAUCUAGUCAAACUCACAUCGAUGACGAUGUUGUAGCACGGUUCAAUAAAUCAUAUCCGGGGGUCGGUCUCAAGUCCCACCAUAUAUCUUUUCUUUUCGAGAUAUUCAAAGACUUGAACCAAGGCUCUAGAGAUCGCUCUUCGAAGCGGAGAAGUCCAUUUUGGCAUACUAGACCCCCACCACAGCAUGGAACUAGACCUAUGUCUGUGGAGCGUCACCCAAAUGAAGGGCAACUGCCUGGUGACGAUAUACUGUCACACAGACAUUUUCUCGCACGUGCUGCUGCUGCAGUCUCCCAGUCUGACAGACUGGAUCUUCCAGAGGAUACCAAUUUCUAUCCCACAGACGAAUCAUAUUGUGAGAAUGAAAUCAUCCUCAGACAGCAGAUCUUGAAAGAUUUCCCCUCUCGAGCCGGGGCCGAAGUUCUCAUGGCAUCAUUUUUCUCCUAUGCCGAGGCCAACUGGUACUAUUUCGACGAAAGCUCGUUUAGAAAGCAGCUGUUUGAACUAUAUGACAGUGACCUAUCACCGACCUACCCUAGUCUCAAAUUCAUUUGUUUGGCCCUAACUGUCUUCGCCAUGGGCAGCCAGUUCGUUCAUCUAUACCAUGCUGACAAUUCGAUUGCCUUGGAAGCCAUGACUGUGGUUCAGGCAGGAAUCCCAGGGACGCGGUACUUCCAACAUGCGCAGAAACUUGUGCCGCAGAUAAUAGCUUCUCCUUCUCUGGAAGGCCUGCUGAGCUGUCUACUACUCGCCUUGUAUGUACUGCCGAUUCAUAGCACUGAAACUUGUUACACAUAUCUUGGGCUUGCUUUGCGCAUCGCAAUCAGCCUCGGUCUUCAUCGAAAAUCAACAAAUUCGGCAUUAUCUCCGUCACUUUCGGAGCUCCACAACCGUGUGUUCUGGACUACCUACAGCAUUGAACGAAUGGUUGCUCUCUCUCUUGGCUAUCCCGAGACGCUUCAAACCAAAGAUAUCGACUGCCUCCUUCCCCAUCGACAGCCUGACCUGGAUGUUCCGGGCUCCUAUAGAGCCGAGAGACUACUGGCAAAUACAAGGUUGACUCUGCUGCUCAACGAAGUGAUUUGCUUAAGAUCCUUGAAGCACGGUUCGACCGAGGAUAUCCGAAGUCAACUUUUGGCUUGGAAGGCAGACCUACCCGCUCAAUUAGCCACAUUGGACGAUAACUGUUUACGACUGAACGUGCAUUUACAACUCCACUACUCUAUGAUCUGGAUCUAUAUCGGUCGCGCAGCCCUGAUCGACAAAGUGCGACGCUUACUCAGCAAGAAAGAGCCCACAAAAGAUGACCUUGACAUAGCGGGCGACAGUCAAGAAUUAUCAGACGCUUGUGCAGAACACGCAGCGCGGAUAAUCGAUCUCAUUGAUCUGCUCAGAAGUCGCGGGCAACUGAGUCUAUUCUCUUACACUGAUUUCCAUACCUGCAGCUCCGCAACCAUCAUCGUUCUCCUGGAUAGUAUCCUGAACCCACGAAUGUCCUCGUUUCCGACAGUCCGGACCGCAAUGGGCGCUCUGCAAUAUAUGGCUACUGGCAGUGAUUUGGCCAGAAAUAGCCUCAAGUAUGUCCACAAUUUCCAAAACGUGGUCAACAAAGCCUUGGCGUCUAUUUCCUGUUUGGAUAAUGGGAAAUCUCGCCCUGAGGGAGAGACUGGCCCACUUCCGCUUGGGGAGCCACGUGAAGAGACGUUUACCGAAGGAUUGGACAUGUACCAGCAUGAAGGCGAAGAGCCUAACCUGGCCCUAUUUUCUGACAUAGGGAUUGCACUCGAAGACUGUUCAUUUACAGAGCUACAUCUUCUUGGGCUUGACAGCCUAUACUCGAGUGAUGUACAAAAUUGGAACGGCAGUUAG